UUCAGCCAACGCUUCGGCUACAGUUUGUAAUGUGUAUAGAGCUUUGAAUUACUGUACGGGUCUCUUUUUUCAGAGGACAGCAACGGUACGUUGGAUGCAGCAGUCUUUCUGUUCGCGGAAACUCACGCAUUACGUGACAGUCCUUAAAUUGGAUUAGCGCUAAGUAAAGCAGCCAGUGAGUGAUAGUUUAGCAAAGUUGCUAGCUAGUUAGCUAAACGGGGUGUUGAGAUAUUCUACCACUCUUUGGUUGAGAGUGAACAUAUCCCUAUGGACGUCUCUGACUUUGACAAACCGAUGUGAUUUUAACCCAGAGUUUACAACGUUAGUGGUAAUGUAGGCACUUUUGUGGGUGGUGUCCUUCAGACUUUUAGGUUGUGUGCGAGCAUUAGAUACAUAUCAAGGCUGGCCAUCUGCUAUAGAGAGAAAUCAUUAACUUAACGUCAAAAUCAUGGAUAGUUAUAAUCAGCGGUUUGAACCCACUUCCGGACGAGACAGUAAACCUCACAAGAAGAAAGGCUCUUCCAACCUCAACACAUUAAACGAUGAUGGAGACCGCAAACCAAAGUUUCACUUACCCUUUAGAAACAUCACAGAUGAUGUGCUGGACAGAUUCGCCAGUAUUCGGAUCCCAGGGAGUAAAAAGGAGCGGCCACCGUUAUCUCACCCUAAACCAAAUGCCAAUGAUUGGUCCACUGCUUCAUCAUCCACCUCACAUCACUUUGAGGAUCUCUCAUCAAAGAUCACCUCAGAAAAGGAGAUCUUGGCUCUGUUUGAAAAAAUGAUGGAGGACAUGAACUUGAAUGAGGAAAAAAAGACCCCUUUGAGAGACAAGGACCUCAGCACCAAGAGGGACAUGGUCAUCCAGUAUGUUUUUACUGCCUCCAAAACUGUAAUGCUGUUGCUAACAAGUUGGGUGCAGAGCUUUGGACAUGAGGGUCUUGGACUGCUGCUGGACAUUUUGGAAAGGUCGCUGUUCAAGAAACAGCAAGAGAAACUUGACAAAAAGAAUCAACAUAAAGUUGUCCAGUGUCUCAAAGCCGUCAUGAACAAUAAGUAUGGCCUGGAUCGAAUCCUGGGGGAAGAGAAGAGUCUUGCGUUAUUGGCGAGAGCCAUUGAUCCCACCCAGUCUGCCAUGAUGACUGACGUUGUGAAGCUGCUGUCAGCCAUCUGCAUUGUGGGCGAAGAGAACACUUUGGAAAAGGUCCUUGAAGCCAUCACCACAGCAGGAGAAUGGCGAGGCAUCGAGAGGUUCAGUCCCAUUGUGCAGGGACUCCGAGAUCGCUCGGUUCAAUUACAAGUGGCAUGCAUGCAGCUCAUCAACGCACUAGUAACAUCCCCUGAUGAGCUGGACCUCAGGCUGCACAUCAGAAAUGAAUUUAUGCGCUGUGGCCUGAAAGAGAUAUUGCCGCAUCUGACAACCAUAAGGAAUGAGGCCCUUGACAUUCAGCUGAAGGUAUUUGAGGAGCACAAAGAAGAGGACAUGAUGGAGUUCUCCCAUCGGCUGGAAGACAUCAACAUUGUGCAGAGCAUGGUGAAGGACAGCAAUGCAGAGCCCUAUUUUCUAUCUAUACUGCAGCACCUGAUGCUUAUUCGCAACGACUACUUGGUCAGGUAA